AUGACUCGCCGUUGCCCAUGGAAGAAGCGGUCCACCCCGCCGGCCGCCGCUCCGCCUCCACAAGAAGAGACGGCAGCACGCAGGCCGGCGUCCUCUGUCCGAGGCGAGCACGAGUUCCACAUCGUCGGCUACAACGCUCGCGCGGCGCUGGCCAAGAAUGCCCACUACUCCAUCCUCUCCGGCGCCUUUAAGGUCGGCGGCCACAACUGGGCUCUAGACUGCAGCUUCGAUGACGACGGGCACCUCGCCUCUAUCGCCCUCUUGCUGCUCACCGCCUACAUCAGCGACGACGCCGUGGUCGCCAAGGCCAGCCUGAGGAUCGAGGACCCGCUUGGCCGGUGGCCCGCCGCCGUGUGGGAGAGCGACGAAGCCUACACCUUCCACGUCUGGUCCGGCAACAGCUGGCAGCUUUCUCAGGCCGGCAGGAGCUGGACCUUGUCGGUGCCAGAGGCGUUCCGCAGCCAUGAGAGCCACUACAUGGAAGACGACCGCCUCACCAUCCUAUGCACCGUCGAGGUCCUCCGGGAGGAGGAGGAGGACUCUGGCAUCGCCGAGGAUAUGCAAAAGCUUCUUUUCCUCUCGUCGGAGUCGAAGAGUACAAGACCUGCAUGCAUGUUGCCGAACGUGACGUUCGUUGUGGAGCAGGCCGAGAUCCAGGCGCACAGGCUCGUCCUUGCCAUGCGGUCACCGGUAUUCGCCGCCGAGCUCCUCGGUGACAUGAGAGAGGGUACCACCCGUCACAUCAUGGUCGAUGACAUGAGCGCCUCAACCUUCAGGGCCAUGCUCCGCUUCAUCUACACCGAUAAGCUGAACAUCAAAAGGAAGGCUAGCGAUGUGGCUUUGAGAAGCCAACGUGGUUGCAAAGAAAAACGUGCGGCGAGACGUCGUGUGGACAUGGCGCUUGACCUGCUUGUUGCCGCUGAUCGCUACGACCUAGAGAAGCUAAGGCUCAUGUGCGACAAGAUACUGUCUGAAAACAUAGAUGUGGAUUCUGUCACGCCGACGCUGAUGGUGGUGCACGGACGGUUAAGCUGCCGCCAACUGGAGGCAUCUUGCAUCGAUUACUUGGCGUCCGAUGACGACGUGUAUGCCAAUGUCAAGGCCAUGGAGGAGUACAAGGAGCUAGAGGAAAGUUGUUGGUCGUUCACAGCAGAUGUAAUGGACAAAGUAGCCAAACGUAAAUUAGCGGCUAAUGACUCCUCCUUGGGCGCCAACACCAGCCGCCGACGACCAGAGAAAAAGAGUGUGUCGACAUAUAACAUAUCGGAGGUUGUCCGCGGCACAUAUGAGAUGAGGAUCCCCAACUUCGAUAGCAUGCGAAGGAACUAUAGUGUCAAGCAAACAAUCUUUUCGGAUAUUUUUCAGAUAGGAGGUUAUGACUGGAAGCUAAAGGUAUCAGUAAAGGAAAAGACAAUCUCCGUGUUCGCCAAAUUGUUGACUGAUCCAGGAACCGCUGGUCUUAGGGCAGCCCUGUUUAUGAGGAUGCAUGACCCUGGUGGCAAGUUGCGGCCAAUCCUAAGACGAUUUAAACCAAUCUUCAGCAGGAAAGCAACAACAUGGGGGUAUUCAAAUUUCAUGAGCGCUAAAGGCACCGAGUCACCGUACCAGUACCUAGCACAUGAUGGCUCUCUAACCAUACGCUGCAAUUUCUUAGUUAGUGCCAUUUCAGCCAGUGUCGAAGACAAGACUCUUGCGCCACCGCCGAGCAUCAUGUCUCACCUUGAGGAACUGCUAGUGAGCGAGAAAGCUUCAGAUGUGAAGUUCCUAGUCGAAAAGAGAGAAAUUCACGCACAUAGCCUCAUCAUCGCCACACGGUGCCCGACCCUUUACAUGGUUGUUGCGGCCACCAACAAGGAGGAGGCCAUCAUACCCAUCAAUGAUAUGAAGGCGGCUGUCUUCAAGGCGAUGCUCCACUUCAUCUACACCGACGAGUUGCCUCCCUUGGAAGACAUAGCCCUUGCUGCGGGAGACGGCACGAUGACUACUGCCGGGGACAUGCUGGCUGUGGUGUGCCGGUUCCAGCUGGACAGGAUGAAGGACAAAUGCGAGACCUUGUUUGGUCAGUCUGUCUCGAAACAGAACGCGUCGAGCAUGCUCAAACUGGCGCGCCAUCAUCAUUGCAUGAAGCUCAAGGAUUACUGCUUGAAGUUUGAAUAA